AAAUAGCUCUUUAUAAGAAAAGCCCUCCUCUCCAAAGAAAUAGCCCGCUAUUCUUUUUAUAGCCCGCCAUACUCUUUUGAGAAACUCCUACAAAAAGGAAAUCCCAUUCCCUCUUCUGGGAAAACAGAAUUAAUCCUGAGUGUGAUUGUUUUUGGGUGCUCAGUUGAGUAUAUUUAUUUACAUAUCCAUAUCAUGGAAAUGCAUGUAGUAAAGAGAGAUGGCAGAAAGCAACCAGUAAAGUUUGACAAGAUUACCGCAAGAAUCAAAAAGCUUGCCUAUGGGUUAGAUCCCAUGGUAGAUAUUAUAGAAGUGGCUCAAAAGGUUUGUACUGGUGUAUACAAUGGUGUAUCAACUUCUGAACUGGAUGACUUGGCAGCUGAAACAGCAGCCUAUAUGUCUACCAAACACCACGACUAUUCUUUAUUGGCUUCCAGAAUAGCUAUUUCCAAUCUACACAAAAACACCCUCAAGUCGUUUUCUAAAACUAUGGAUAUAUUGUAUCAUUAUGAAUCCCCUAAAACCAAAGCUCCGGCUCCUUUGAUAGCUGAAGACAUCCAUUCUAUCAUUAUGAAGAAUGCUCACGUAUUAGACGACGCUAUUAUUUAUGAUCGAGACUUUUCUUAUGAUUACUUUGGAUUCAAAACUUUAGAACGUUCCUAUUUAUUACGUGUGGAUGGCAAAGUGAUAGAACGACCACAACAUAUGUUGAUGAGAGUAGCUGUUGGUAUUCACAAGGAUGACUUGGAAGCAGUAUUGGAGACUUAUGAUUAUAUGUCUCGAAAAUACUUUACUCAUGCUUCACCUACUUUAUUCAAUGCGGGUACUCCAAGACCUCAGUUAUCCUCUUGUUUCCUAUUAACUAUGACUGAAGACUCCAUUGAAGGAAUUUAUGAUACUUUAAAAAGAUGUGCAGUUAUUUCUAAAAGUGCUGGUGGUAUUGGAUUGGCAGUUCAUGAUAUACGUGCAACCAAAUCUUAUAUUCGAGGUACCAAUGGAACUUCUAAUGGCAUUGUUCCUAUGCUUCGAGUAUUUAAUGAUACUGCAAGAUAUGUGGAUCAAGGAGGAGGAAAAAGAAAAGGAGCUUUUGCUAUUUAUUUGGAGCCUUGGCAUGCCGAUAUUUUUGAAUUUUUAGAUUUGAGAAAGAAUCAUGGAAAGGAAGAAAAUCGAGCACGAGAUUUGUUUUAUGGUUUAUGGGUUCCCGAUUUAUUUAUGAAAAGAGUAGAAAAGGAUGAGAAAUGGAGUUUAUUUUGUCCCAAUGAAGCUCCAGGUUUGGCUGAUUGUUGGGGUGAAGCAUUUGAACAACUUUAUGAAAAGUAUGAAAAGGAGAAAAGAGCAAGACAAGUCAUAGAUGCACGUAAAUUGUGGUUUGCUAUUUUAGAAGCACAAAUAGAAACUGGAAAUCCAUAUAUGCUUUACAAAGAUCAUUGCAAUAGGAAAAGCAAUCAACAAAACUUGGGAACUAUUCGAUGUAGUAAUUUGUGUACUGAAAUUGUACAAUAUACGAGUCCUGAUGAAGUCGCUGUUUGUAACUUGGCUUCGAUUGCUUUGAAUCAGUUUGUACAAUUCUCAGAAGAUUCGGAAGAGCCUUAUUAUGAUUUUGAACAAUUAGAACACGUUACCAAAAUAGUUACUCGCAACUUGAACAAAAUCAUCGAUAUCAAUUAUUAUCCCGUAACUCAAGCCAAGACUUCCAAUUUACGUCAUCGUCCUAUAGGAAUUGGUGUUCAAGGACUUGCCGAUGCUUUUAUUUUGAUGCGGUUACCUUUUGAAAGUGAUGAAGCACGUCGUUUGAAUAUACAAAUUGCAGAAACCAUUUAUUAUGCUGCCAUGUGUACUUCCUUAGAAUUGGCACAACGUGAUGGAGCUUAUGAGAGUUUUCGAGGUUCACCUUUAUCUCGAGGCUUAUUUCAAUUUGAUUUAUGGCAAGUCAAGCCUUCUGCUCGUUAUGAUUGGAAAACACUUGGAGAAGCUAUUCAACGUGAUGGUGUUCGCAAUUCAUUGUUGAUUGCACCGAUGCCUACGGCUUCCACUUCACAAAUAUUGGGUAAUAAUGAGUGUUUUGAACCUUAUACAUCCAAUAUUUAUACGAGACGAGUAUUAGCUGGAGAAUUCACCAUUGUCAAUCAACAUUUGGUGCGUGAUUUGCAACGCUUAGGUUUAUGGAACAAUGAUAUGAAAAACAAAAUUAUUGCAUACAAUGGAAGUGUUCAACAUAUUCCUGAAAUACCUCAAGAUAUUCGUCAAUUGUACAAAACGAUAUGGGAAUGUAGUCAAAAGAGGUUAUUAGAUAUGGCAGCGGACAGAGGUGCUUUUAUUGAUCAAAGCCAAAGUUUAAAUGUAUAUAUAGCAUCACCGAAUAUUGGUAAAUUAAGUUCUAUGCAUUUUCAUGGUUGGAAGAAAGGUUUGAAGACCGGUAUGUAUUAUUUACGUACUCGACCAGCAGCAGAAGCCAUCAAAUUUACAGUCGAUCAACAAUAUUUAUCACAAGCAGUGAACAAAAGUAUGUUGUUGAAUAAUAAUAAUAAUAAUGGAGGAGAAGAAAAUGUUUCCAUCAUACGCAAAGUACCAACGAAUGAAGACUAUCUGAGUUGUUCAUUACAGAAUCCAGAAGGUUGUCUUUCUUGUGGUUCUUGAUAGUCAUACUUUACAGUUGAAAAUGAUCAUCAUUUGGUUUCGUUGUAUAUUUAUAUAUAUAUAUAUAUUAUAUAUGAAAUACCAACAUUGGCCAAUCCAUCUUUUGAUUGAUAUAAAAAGAGAAAUAUUUCU